UGGGAGAAACAUUUCAUCAAUCAUCCAAGUGACUUCUUCAGUCUCAGCUGACUGCAGGUUUUCCCAACCUAAUGUAGCCAGAUGGGUUACUCUGCCCUCUCCACCUCUCUCGCUCUCUCUCUCUCUCUCUCUGGCUGCUGUUCGGGUUGGGUUGAGUGGAAACACACCUGCACUCUAAUUGCAGGGUGGCGACUGUCGGUAUAAGGCCAUGCAGGCUUCAUUUCCCUAUUAAUUGCUUCUUUGCCUUUUGUGAGUGCAGUAUCAGGCACCAAUGCACUUAUUUUCUUGGGAUAAUCAGGCAGUUUCGAUCAGGCUCUACAACAGUUACAGAUUGGCCGACUUACUUAUUUCCAGCCGUUGUGGAGAGGGCCGCUGCACUACUACCAGCAACUGAUAUAGCGUCCUUAAUUCUGGGGAAUUCAUAUUUAGUGGCAUUGCUCUGAUCUGGGUGCUUCCCUUCCACAUGCAUACAAGGGAAGUAUAAGGCAAGGACAGCAGCAGCAAGACCCCAGCACAGAGCACAACAGGCAACAUUGAAAACAAGGGUAUAGGUGGGUUGCAGUGCAGCUUGCAGAUGCACAGCAAACACAGUCAGGCUGAAGCGGCUUAAAUAGUGUGACCUCUUUUUGACGCAUAGAAGAAUAAUCAAGCCAUCAACUGAUGUGGGCUGACACUGAGACCAGUUGAUCUUCCUGGAUUACACCAUACUUGACUUCAUGAUCUACCAGAAUUCACUCGUCCCGUCCGCUGUCAUGCCGUACUAUAAAAUGUCAGCUGUGUGUUUGCCAGAAUCACUGGACUCUGAUCUGGACGGCUGCCAUUCAUUCAACUGUUUUAUUAGCGUACACAUAAAACAAACACACACAAGCAAGCAGCGCCACCACGUCAGGACUGACAUCUGCUCUCAGACCCACUUUAUGGUUGCAGUGUAUACUAUGCAUGUGUGAAACCAGGCUGUUAAGAGCUCGCUUCCAUAUUUGUACCAUAUGUGUUUAUUUGUAUAUUGGCAUCUUUGUGUACAUGUCAGUUGGUGUCAGUGAUUAAUUAGUGUAAUCCACUUCCUUAUUUCUAUAAUAAGAAAAGAAAACAUGAUAACAUCAUAUAAAUUUCUCCCCUGUACCUGAGCCAUUCAGCUCCCUAAAUAAGCUAAGAAAUGCAUAAACUAGCUACAGAGAGGACGGUGAAAGGUUUUUAUGCACACCAAAUAAAUACAAUACAUUUGAAUAUGAUGUAACUAUGAAAAUAUUGAAAGCUAUUUGAAUGUAGGCUGUACUUGGACCAAACGUAUUAGUCUGGUGUAUUGUUUUUUCUGUUCACUUUCUAAAUUUGUGUUAUUGCGCUAAUCUUUACUAAUCAUUUUAAAGGUAAAUGCACAAUUAAUAUGUCCUAAAUAAUGACUGAACAAUGAAAUUUCUGGAUUUCCCGGCAAUCUGCUUCAGACUUGUUGAAGUGUCUUAGGUGGGAAAAGUGGUGGACUGGCCAACCAAAGUGCCAUUCUUUAAUUUACCUGAUUAUAUAAUGUAAAUAUUAAACUGAUCUAUUAAUAUGAUUUCUGACUCGCUUCUCUGACACACCUAGGUACUGUAGUUCACUGAUAACCGCCAAUCUGACCCACUGCAUGACUCAGAUACAGCAUUAUAUGGCGCUUCCGUGUCUGCCCUUUGAAAACACUCAUCGAUACAAUUCUUCGCUCACUUAUUGUAUGCUUAAAACAUUCAAACAGCCACUGUGGGAUCAAUACUAGGAUUUGCACACAACACACACACAGUUACUGCUCAGGUGGUCCAGGUUUGCUUCCCGAGUUUUCCCUCAGUUCACAGCUUCAGCCUGUGACAGGGACAUCACUGUCUCACUCUGAUAACAUGGAGCAGCUUAAUGUUUAGCCCAAGACCCAUGCACAUGCACACACACACACACACACACACACACUAGAGAGCUAAGAGAUUACAAAGGCACAGAGACCCAUAUGCCGACAAGCAAUGGAGACGAGUAAACUCAAUGUGAGGCGAAUGCGAGGUAACGAUCAAGGGAUUGUUGAAAAUGACUCCCCAGCAGAACCACAUGGCAGCAGCCCCGCUCGACCUGUUUCUGCUCUUGUUCGUCUCUACGUGUAUGCGCUGCAUGGCUGCCUCUGCGAGGUGGCCUUCACUGCUGUGUGGGACUGGUGCAGCACCCAGGACAGGAGGCUGGCAGGCCACAGCAGUCUGUGGGCGCUGCCCAUGUAUGCCACAGCAAUCUAUCUCAUGGAGAGGCUGAGGGCACUGAUGCUCGCUCAGAAUCACCCACUGACUGUGCGGCUCGUGCUCUACACUGUUUUCAUCUACCUGUGGGAGUUCAGCUGGGGUGUGGGGCUUAGUUUGUUGGGAGCCUGUCCAUGGGACUACUCAGGCCAUAGGUACAACCUGAGAGGACUGAUAACUCUGGACUAUGCACUUCCCUGGGCUGUGGCUGCAUAUAUAGCAGAACAGCAUGUGAUCAGGCACACUUUAAGAAUAAGACUGCAUAACUGAACCGCUGUUGUGACGAUCUGGACUCAUGUGCUUCCAAAACACUUGAUUAAUUAAUUUCAUAUUAAUUAUAUUAAAAGUAACUAUUCUGUUGUUUUUAGCAGUAUAAUAAACCUG